AUGGUGCUCCAACAACAAACGCUUUUUCUCACAAAGAAGAAGACAACAACAGAUCAAGAACCUUCUCAUGAUUUCAUUUUCCGAUCUAAACUUCCCGAUAUCCCCAUCCCUAACCACCUUCCUCUCAUCGACUACGUCUUCCAGAACUUCUCCGGCGACUCCUCCGCCACUUGUCUCAUCGACGGUGCCACCGGACGUAUCUUUUCAUUCGCCGAUGUAUUUACCAAUACACGGCGUAUCGCCGCCGGGAUCCACCGGCUCGGGAUCCGCCACCGUGACGUCGUGAUGCUUCUCCUCCCGAACUCGCCGGAGUUUGCUCUCUCAUUCCUCGCCGUCGCGUAUCUCGGAGCGGUCUCCACCACGGCGAAUCCGUUCUAUACUCAGCCGGAGAUCGAAAAACAGGGGAAAGCCUCCGCCGCUAAGAUGAUCAUCACUAAGCCAUGUUACGUCGAUAAACUAACGAACCUUAAAAACGACGGCGUUUUGAUCGUUUGCGUAGGAGAAGAUGGAGACGACGUCGUUUCGUUACCUGACGGUUGCAUGAGUUUCAAAGAACUGAGUCAAGCCAGCGAAACAGAGCUUCCUAAACCGGAGAUCUGGCCGGAGGACACGGUGGCUAUGCCGUACUCAUCCGGGACCACGGGGCUUCCAAAAGGAGUGAUGAUCACUCACAAGGGAUUAGUGACGAGCAUUGCUCAGAAAGUAGACGGAGAAAACCCUAACGUAAACUUCACCGGAGAUGACGUCAUCCUCUGUUUUUUACCGAUGUUUCACAUUUACGCUCUCGACGCGUUGAUGCUCUCGGCGAUGAGGUCCGGUGCGGCGUUACUGAUCGUGCCGAGGUUCGAGCUGAAUCUUGUGAUGGAGCUGAUUCAGAGGUACAAAGUCACGGUGGUUCCGGUGGCUCCUCCGGUGGUUUUGGCCUUUGUUAAGUCCCCGGAGACCGAGAGAUAUGACCUGAGCUCGGUGAGGAAGAUGCUUUCCGGCGCAGCUACGCUUAAAAAGGAGCUUGAAGACGCCGUGCGUCUCAAGUUUCCCAAUGCCAUAUUUGGUCAGGGUUAUGGAAUGACCGAGUCAGGGACGGUGGCUAAAUCAUUGGCGUUUGCAAAGAACCCAUUUAAAACCAAGUCCGGCGCGUGUGGGACUGUGGUCAGAAACGCCGAGAUGAAGGUGGUCGAUACCAUAACUGGAAUCUCUUUGCCUCGCAAUAAAUCUGGCGAAAUCUGCAUCCGAGGCGAUCAGCUCAUGAAAGGUUAUUUGAAUGAUCCAGAAGCUACGGCGAGAACCAUAGAUAAAGACGGUUGGUUACACACCGGAGACAUUGGGUUUGUGGAUGAUGACGAUGAGGUCUUCAUUGUUGAUCGGUUGAAGGAACUGAUCAAAUUCAAGGGCUAUCAAGUGCCUCCAGCUGAGCUUGAAGCAUUACUUAUUUCUCAUCCAUUUAUCCACGAUGCUGCAGUUGUCGCAAUGAAAGAUGAAGUAGCUGAUGAGGUCCCGGUAGCGUUUGUAGUUAGAACGGAAGGGUCUCAGCUAACCGAAGAUGAUGUCAAGAGUUAUGUCAACAAACAGGUGGUUCACUACAAGCGAAUCAAGAUGGUGUUUUUCAUAGAAGCCAUACCCAAAGCAGUGUCGGGCAAGGUUUUGAGGAAGGAACUCCGAGCUAAAUUGGAAACUGAAUACCCUAAAUAA